AUGUACGCCGUCGGGUCCAACAGCAAUAUGACGAACGCUGCCUUCAACAGCAGCGCUGCCGACGCAGAUGCCGUUGUGCACGCCAACAAGAAGGGCAAUGGGGAACAGAAUGACGAGAGCAAUGACAACAUCAACGGCGUUGACAACGAAUCGAUGUGCAACGAAUUGGGCGAUCUAAUCAUGUGUCCAGCGGACAUGCCGGCAAACAGUCGUAAGGCGUUUCUUCAGCACAUGGUCGAGAAUUUGCCGCCGACGGUGCAGAAUCGUGUGCUCGCCUUGAAGCACAAUCAAAUGCAACAGAUAAAAAUAUCAGAGGAGUUCUUUCGAGAGGUCUACGCGCUGGAACAGCGUUUCUACCAUAAGAGCUGCGAACUGUUCGACGAGCGUCGCGAUAUAAUCGGUGGUGUUGCAGAGCCGCAGCCUCAGGAACGCUACUGGAACGAGGAGCACGACCCGAUGCUAGAGGAGAUUAGAAGUUCAGAGGAGUUCAAGCAACUGACCUCUCAACUGCAACGCAUGCCCGAUACAGUGCAGGGUGUGCCCAAAUUCUGGCUAACUGUCUUCCGAAAUGUGGCGCUGAUUUCAGAUAUGGUCCAGGAGCACGAUGAGCCAUUGCUCGAGUAUCUUCAGGACAUACGCAUUAGCUACGAACCGGAUUCCUACACUAUCGAGUUUCACUUCGAACCCAACGAUUACCUGCACACAUCAUCUCUGGUGCUGACCAAACGCUACAUUUUGCGCCACGAAGCCGACAAGAUGUAUCCAUUCAUGUUCGAGGGUCCCGAAAUUGUCAGCUGCGAAGGAUGUAAAAUACACUGGCGUGAUGGUGCCAAUCUAACACUGCAGACUGUUGAAUGUAGACGUCUCCGCAAAGGCGGCCGCUGCAUACCGAAAGUAAUGCCGCGCGACUCCUUCUUCCGCUUCUUCUCGCCGCCACCGUCCGUUGAUCUGUCGAUGGCCGAUGAAAAGACCAAAAUGGUGCUGGGCACAGACUUUGAGGUUGGCUACUUACUGCGUACGCAAAUCGUGCCAAAAGCAAUACUCUUCUACACCGGCGACAUUGUGGACAGUAUCAAUGACGAUUUGGGCGUUGAUGUCACAUCCGUGUCGUCGGACUCGCAGGAUUUGGUGGCGGAUCGGCCUAGCACAAGCAGCUCUAUACGGAAGUAGAGUCGCAAGGGAGUCAGUCAUAUAUAGUAUCCAUCAAUUGCAGUUCAUAAUAUUUGCGCGCUUUAUAAAUUAAAUAUGUUCUAAAAUUAAGCUACAUAAAUUAGCACGUACUACUAUUUAAA